CCUCUCUCUGCGGGCCUCCCACCCCUUCCCACCUCCUUGUCUCCACACGUUUGCGCAGACGAUGCUCAAGGUACUUAUCGUUGUUGCCGCUGUGGCGGCGGUGUGGCUCUGCGGCGUUGCAAACGCCGGGAGCGGCUCUGGGGGCGAGCGGGGGAUGCUGACGGGCGAGAGUGGACGGCUUGAUGGCUCGGACGGGUACGACAUGUACGCGUUUGCGCAGUUUUGGACUGGCUCGACGUGCAACCUGCCGACGGGCUCGUCCAAGGAUGCGGUGUCGUGCCGGUACGCGCCGGGUCCGCUCCCGUCGCCGGCGUUUGAGGUCCACGGCCUGUGGCCGACGUUUGAGUCGGGCGCAAAGUCGCCGAUGUUUUGCAACAAGACGGCGCAGUUCAAUGCCAAGGAGCUGACGCCAGUGCGGACGCUCAUGGACGUGUUCUGGGCGUCGAUGAACGGAGGCCCUUCCGAGCACUUUUGGGAGCACGAGUGGGACAAGCACGGGACGUGCACCCAGCUGCCGGCCGGCAAGCAGGCCGGGGCGCACCCGACCCAGCUCGAGUACUUCUCGACGGUGCUGGGCUUGCGGCUGGAGAUGGACAUGGGCGCACUCUUUGCGUCGUGCGGCAUCACGCCGACGUUCAAGCCGGCAUACACCGUGGCCCAGAUGGUCGAGUGCCUCGACGAGACUCUCGGCGUCUCGGAUGCGCUCAUCUCGUGCUCUCACGCCGCCGACGGCGUCCUCCAGCUCAACGAGGUCUGGCUCUCAAUGGAUCUGGACCUUGAGCUGAUCGACACGCCACCGUCGUACCACACCAUCUACUACCCGACCAUGGGCUGCAAGCUCAACGACGUUGUCGCGCUCCCGCCGUUUACCGACCCGCUACGUGCGUCGUCGUAGGCGGCCUGCGCUGUGGCGGCUAUCGUCUUUUGCGGGUGUUGCGCAGCAGUGCGUGGCGGUCGUAGAAAGGUGUCCUCCUUCGGCCGGCGUGUGACUUGCCGAUGUCCCCCCUUCCUUCUUCUCCCUUCCCCCUCCUCCCUCCCCCCCCCUGGGUUGUGCGGCUUCCCCCUUCCCCCUCUUCCCCUCCCUCCCCGCUCUCACAUGUAGCCUGUAGCGAGGAUAGCGAUGAUUAGUUGCGACAGCACUACCGUGUGCGUCUGUGCCGUCGUGGUCAACGUGUUGUUUUUGUCGUGGGACCAUUGCGUGUACUGCGUGUGAUUGAGUGAUUGAUUGAAGUCGCUGCCGUUGCC